UCGUCGUACUAGCACAUUGGCCUGAAUACUUCAGUCUAUUUACACAAACGGUGUUCAGUAGACGUCAUGGCUACCAAGCAUCUCGUGUUUAUCGCCGCGUGCUUUCUGUUAGGUUUAACACAAGUGAACGGGUUGCAAUUGGUAAAUGGAAAAAUAAAAAUUACCAUAGGAACGACAUCUGGAUGUGUUGAUACAGUAAGUUUAUUUCAAACUCAACUGAUUGAAACAUACAACGAGUACAGUGAAUUCCUGGAAUUGGAUUUCGUGCCUUGGGGAAGAACGCUAUGGAAUGCAGAUGGGUCAUUUAGUUGUCAAUUUCAAGAGCCGGACUGCUGGGCAAACCGAUUGCAUAGAUGCGCCUUGGAUAUGCUGAAGGGCAAUCAAGACGCGCAGAUGCACUAUAUGUCUUGUGAAUUCACCCAGCCCCGCCCGUCGUUUUUGCACACUUCUUACCAAUGCGCUCAGGCCGUUGGCUUGAAUUUGAUUGACGUUGACUACUGCGUCAACAACAAUGGUGAUGAUUUGGACCGAGCUGCUCAACUUGCUUCUCAAGUACCCAUGGCUACCAUCAACUUUGUACCCUACAUUGUGUUCAACGACGUCAUUGAUGUCCCCGCUCACGUCCAAGCGAGGUCUAGGCUGAAAAGCAUGGUCUGCUUUGCUUUAGCCGCGGACCCCAGCACUAAUGUAAGCGGUUGCGAAAUUGAAUAACAAGUUCUCAAGUGUUAGCAUAAUAACAAAGUCAAAGUCCCCAAUCGACGAUUUGAGAAGUUUUAUCUUAGUUGGCCUCUGCUGGUGCCAGUUUUGUACUAAAUGUCCAACUUUUGCCCGCGUUUUAAUCGACAAACUUGUGCAAUUGGACAAUCGCCGAGCUAGAUAUGGCUAAUAGCUGUGUAAUUUUUGACGAUAAGCUGGUAAUGGUUGUGUUCCGUUUCAUUUCUCAAUAAGUACUAUUAUUAUGUUAUCUGUACAAUAAAUGUUAGAAUCACGUGUUUUUCCGUUGAUUAAAUUAAAAUUGUUUUUUAAA